UCACAUAUCUAACCGUGGUCCGGAAGUCACAUGUCUGACAGUGGACACUUCUCAUCACUUGACAGACUUAAAAAAUGCAAACCAAGGCACACGAACACACGCGUCAAUGUUUCUGGCCAGCCUGUCAGCUGUGUCCGGCCUGACCGCCGUGUCCAGUUUCUGUAGCCAGGCCAUCCCUAGAGCCAAGUCUUACAUCCACAAGUUCUUCAAUGGACGCACCAGCAAACCUCAUUCUUGCACUCUGACCUGGGACUCCAAUGAACCGGAAACAGUUGGCAAGACCGUCACCUUCAAGGUCAGGCUUUUCCACAAGCACGGAGCUCCAUUUCACGUCACAGAGGAUGGCGGUAUUCUGGUGCUAGUUGCCAAAGACAAUGCAGCAAUGGCCACAAGCCUGGUCUUUGAUGGUGCCACACCAGGCGACCUUAACCUGGUGACCUGCAAGCUCACGGUCCACAAAGCUGGAGACUACCAGGUCUCCAUCUUGGCUGCUGGUUGCCAUGUCAACGGUAGCCCUGUCAGCAAAUACUUUCAACCCGGACCCAUCGACCCAUCUAAGACUGGGUUUCUUAACCAUUCGUCCCUAGUCGUGGUCCCAGCAUGCACCAGAUACCCUCUGGUGAUCGAGCCACGGGACGCCUUCGACAACCCGGCCACUUAUCAAAUGAGCAACAAAGAUUUCUUCAAGAUCAAAGUCCAAGAGGCUGGAACCAGCGACUGGCACUGCCCCACUAACCAGAUCAUCUACAACCGUCAGGAGCGCCGACUGCUCAUGUACCUCCAGAUGGACAGAAAGGGUUGCUACAGGGCUCUGGUCACCUAUGGCAACAAGACUUUGAGGAAUGGAGAGUUCCAAAUUCUGGUCCUUGACUUGGCCGAGUUGGGUAGAGUACACAGACUUGUCACCAAGAGCAGAGACAGUCGAAAGUUUCCGGCCACGCUGCUCCAGCUGGACGGCCGGACAUUGGACAAGCCAAAGAAGGUUGAGGUUCAUGUGUCACCAAAGCAAAUAACAAUCACGGAGAAUUACUUCCAGUUCUGCGCCAAACAGCUGUGCCUCUUCCGGGUGUGUCCACGGACUCAGUUCAUGUUUCACGGUCUGAAAUGCUGGUCUGAUCCUACCAAAUUCUCUGUCGAUCCUGCAAGAUUCUCUAUCCAUGACGGUAGCUCUACUUCAGUGCAACUGGCGUCCAGCGACUGCAGCGUCAUCGCAGCAACGUUUUCCCGUUUUCUCAUGAGACGUUUGGGAGGCUCUGAGACCUUCCAGGACAAACAAGAGUUCUUCUACAGACAAGUCAGACAGAUUCCUGCCAAGGAGACAAACUCAAGACUGCUGCUAAAGAUAGAUCGUUGGCAGGUGUUAAAAAGUUCUUACAAAGCAACGAAACAAUUCAAAGUAGCGGACUGGUGCAAGCCGUUUGAAGUGGUCUUCUCUGGAGAGGAGGCCGUGGACUGGGGCGGGGUGAGCAGGGAGUGGUUUGACGUCUUGUGUCAGGAGCUGUUUGACCCCAAUCGUUCACAGCUGUUUGUCCGAUUCACUGAUAACCCCCAGGGUUUGAUUCACCCAAACACCAAGAGGUCAGCUGGUCAGAAGAUCAAACUGUACCAAUUUGCCGGACAGAUCGUGGGCAAAUGUUUGUUUGAAUCGGCCAUGGGCCGGACACAGCUGGUCAAGGCACGCUUCACCAGGUCAUUCUUAGCUCAGCUUAUUGGGGUCAAGGUUACCUACAAGCACUUUGAGACCGAUGAUCCCGUGUUGUACAGCAGCAAGAUUUCUUACAUUGAGAACAACGAUGUGGACGGUCUGGGGCUGACGUUCGCAGAGGAGGUUUAUGACACACGAGGACACCUGGUCCAGAUAGUUGACCUGGUUGCCAAUGGUCGUAAGAUAGCGGUGACCAACGACAACAAACUGCAGUACCUUGAUGCCCUGGCUCAGCACCGACUUGUCAACCAGGUCAAGGACGAGGUCAAAGGUUUCAGGCGUGGCCUCAGCUGGCAAGUUCCCAAGAACCUGCUCAUGAUGUUCAGUGAGCACGAGCUCGAGUUGCUCAUGUGUGGAGCAGGGACCUACAGCGUUGCGGACUUCAAGCUUCACCAUUGUGUUCUCGGCGCCUCAGCUUCGUUCAACAAGGUGUUGAGUUGGUUCUGGACAAUUGUCGCAAGUUUCACUGACCUGCAGAUGGCAAGGUUGGUCCAAUUCACCACAGGAUCGUCCCAACUGCCCCCUGGAGGAUUUGCUGAGCUCACUCCCAGAAUCCAACUGUCACCUGGCCCCGCCUGCAACAGUCUUCCCAGCUCCCACACCUGCUUUAACCUCUUGUACCUGCCAGAUUGUGACAACAUGGAAAUCUUCCACAGAAUGCUGCUCCUGGCAAUCACAGAAGGUAGCCAGGGUUUUGGGCUGGUCUGA